CUCUCUAUCACUUUUUGUUUUGACUGGUAGAAUCGAAUCUUAGGAGACAUUUCAUUGUCCAAUUACUUUCCAUGGAAAUGUGAAAGGAUAAACCUUGUCGUAUUAGAGAAGGUUCUUGGAAGUUUAUAGGAUUCCAGCUGAAGUCCUUGUUAACUAAGUAGUUCUGUAUAAUCCACUAAGCUUGUUCCCAAAGUCUCACAUUUUUAAUAUGUAAUAGAAGUAGUUGUAUAAAUAAAGACCCUCAUAUCCAAAAAGUUUCAAGAAAAAAGUCUUGCUUCUUUUGUAGUUUUUAUAUAUUUCUUCUUCUACUCUUAUCUCUUAAGAAGAAACUUCUUGGUUCGUUACUUUGCUUCAUAGCUUUUACUAUAUUCUGAUUCUGAGUAUUACUUCAACUCUAUUCACUAAACCAACGUUUAGAUUCUUCAGUAUUUUUGUUUCAUAUAAAGCCUUCGGUCUUUUGUUUACCAUCUUCUUUGCCUCUAGAUAUCGAAAAACAAGAUGUUUCUUCUUACGUGCUUCAAACCAAAGUUCUACAGAAAAAGCAAAUCUACAACCAGCUACAUGAAGAUUCGGCUUGAUAUAGUGAGGAAAAAAAGGAUUGCGAUGGUUAGAAACUAUAAAACAGAUAUUGUCAAUUUCCUCAAUAAUGAGCAAGAUUGUGAAGCUUAUAGAAGAGCAGAACUAUUACUCGAAGAGCUUAGAAUAAUAUCGUGCUACGAUCUCAUCGAGCGAUUCUGCGAUUGUAUCUCUGAAAAUCUCCCAUUAAUGCUGAAGAAAAGGGAAUGUCCUGAAGAAUGCAGAGAAGCUGUUUCCUCUCUGAUAUAUGCAACAGCGUGGGUUCCUGAUGUUCCUGAACUUAAGGAUCUUAGAGCCGUGUUUACGAAAAGAUUUGGAAAUUUUACUGCUUCAUCUGUAAAUCAUGAGCUAGUUGAGAAAACUGGAUCGAGAAGACUACCUUCACGGGAGCUCAAGAUUCAGACUUUGAAAGAUAUUGCGAAUGAGUUUUCCAUUAACUGGGAUCCUACAGCUCUGAAACUGAUGCUACUCACAGAGACUUCAGCUCUGCAGAUUGAGGGGAAGAUCGAGAGAGGAGCUGAUGAUCCGAAGACUGAGAGAGAGAAAAGUAUCAUAGAUGAUCAAAGCGAUGACGAGUCGGUUCUUUCAGAGAGUACUUGGAGAGGAGAUUUAUUGUCCAAAGGCAGUUUUAGUUCUAGUUCGAGCUCGAGCCCGAGUUCUCUAAGAAGAGAAUCUGUAAGGAAGAAGAAGAGGAAGGAGAUUUUACCUUACGGCAUAAUCUCACCUCCAUACAACGAGGAGAAAGAAGAGAAUAGAAAGAGUACGGAUCGAGAAAACUCAAGGUUCCUUGGAAUACAAGGCAGUAAGAGUCUCACAAGCACAAACACAAGCAAUAACGAAGUUUCCACAACAAGAGAGAACGAGAGAACGUCUUCGUUCCAGAGACCAAAGCUCUUGGAUUAUGAUGACGUUGUCGCUCGUCUUGCAGCUAUGCGCCGGAGAUAAGAACGUACUAAUUUAAUAAGGGUUUCUCAGUUAAAAUUAGUACUUAUUAAUUCUACUAAUUAUUAGAAUUUUCGUUGAAUAUGUAAUUAUCCUUAUGACUUUGUUCUUUGUAAUUAGUCCAGUAGUUGAAUCUUUUCACAGAAAAAAACUGGAAAGUUUAAUGAUAAAGCUGUUAUUAACGGA